UCAGGCAGUGUGUAGACGUGAGCUACACAGCCGGGCUUGUGGAGCUGCGGCGGCGGCACCAGGGCUUGGUGUGUACACCAUUACUAGUACCUCGCUCAACCUACCCAGUGAAACCUUUCUAUUGCUUUAACGAAUUUUAUAUAAAUGUAUGUGUUGUGAGUCGACGGUGACAAUAGUUCUUCAGAAUAACAUAGCAGCGUGUCCCCUGUUCACUCCCUCCCUUAAAAGAGGAGUGUCAAAGGUACCAUGGUGGUGGCUGAAAGGGCAAGGGUGGCAGCAGCGGGGGUACUAGUGACACUGACGGUGGUGUUAGUAACACUGGCAGCAGUCAAUGCAACACCAGCCUCCACCAGUAGUGACCACAGUUCCAGUAAUCUGCUCAAGCACCUCACAUUCCUCUACAAAGACACCUAUGUCCUCUACGGCAAUGGGCGACGUAGUGAGCGUGACCUACCAAUAUGUUCAUCACGUGGUGAAGCAUGUAAUUUGGCACAUCGAAGAUUCUGGCUAACACCUAUUACUGAACGACUAUGCCGGUGUGCUGACCGUUCUGAGUGUCCACUACAUUUUGGUGGCCUGAAUGACACACUAUCCCAGCAUGUGUCAAACAGGGCACAACUCAAGUUCUGUGGAAAUGUGAUGACAUUUCUAGAAGAGUGUAAACAAGGAGAGGUAGCAUUAAAGCUACACCGCGUUGAGAGGCAAAAUCAACCCUUCCCCAGCAGUAGUGUGAGGGAGGGUUUUGACACACACACAACAGUCAUGUGCCGAUGCCCAUGGCCAAAUUUGUGGACACUGGUGGACACGAGGACACCCUCACCCACUGAGAAACUCUACUUCUACACUUGUAAUGAGUUAACCAAGUGCAAGAGGUGGGAAGAAUGCGGCCACAUCCGUAAUGAUACUCUGGAGAGUUAUUACAUGUGUUCAUGCCCAGAACACCAUAUGUGUGUGUUCAAGGGAUCCCAGCCCACUCACAUUACAACACAGCUACACUUCCAUGGUCAUGCAUAUACUGGAAUAUGCACACCAAAUUGAUUACCACAUCUUUGUUAUUAAAGUCAUUCCCUUUGAGCAAAAUGAAUGAGACAUUUCAAUUUUGUCAUUCAUAUCAGCACUGAUUUUAUUUCUUUUUUUGUAAACCAACUUACAAAGAUAUAUUUUAGGUUUAUCAGCUCCCUGGGUAACCCUACUAUAUAGUUAAUAAAUGAAUUUUACAUACAAUCCAUCCCCAAGAGACUGCUCUCGAAGCGGUAAUCAAUGCAUAUUUUCUUUUGUUUAUAAUGCAAUGUUGCCAAUUUUUUUAAUAAAAUAUGUUCAUAAGA